UGCACCGAUUCACAGAGAGAGCUAGAUAGCUAGAAUCGAAUAUGGCUCAUGAGCGAAAUGAUCACCAGGUUGUAAUCUACGGAUCAUGGAUUAGUUCAUUUACUGCGAGGGUGAAGAUAGCCCUAAAACUUAAGGGCAUAGAUUACGAGUAUGUGGAGGAAGAUAUCACAAACAAGAGUCAGAUGAUGCUGAACUACAAUCCCAUCCAUAAGAAGGUACCUAUUCUUGUUCAUCAAGGCAGACCGAUCGUUGAGUCACAAGUCAUCCUCGAAUAUAUCGAUGAGAAUUGGAGCCACGCCCCCAAACUGUUGCCCGAGGAUCCUUAUGAAAAAGCCAAAAUCCGCUUCUGGGCUAAAUUCUUUGAUGAGAAGAUAAUACCGGUAAUACAGGCGAUUUUGAGGUCUAAGUCAGGGGAAGAGAGAGAGAAUCUGAUUCAAGAGUUGAGCGAAGUGAUUCAGGUUUUUGAAGAAGGGAUGAAGAGAGAUUAUGGAGAGAAACCACCCUUGUUCAAUGGAGAUUCGUUGGGGUUUCUCGGCAUCGUGGUCAGCGCAUAUGUGUGCAGCUACAAGCCAAUUCAUGAGGCUUUUGCUACGAUUCUUUUAGCCGAAAAGAACCCUGCAUUUUUCUCAUGGGUGAAUGAGCUCCUAGAGCAUCCUCUUAUAAAGGAGACGCAGCCACCUCAUGACAGACUGGUAGCUAGGUUCAAGUCUCUUCAAACUUGAUCUUGGUUGAACCUUGACGGCUUGAUGCCCAUGAUGAUAUGAAUAAUCUUGGCAGAUUUGUCUUUUUGGCCCCAAGCAGAGUUUCUAUAUAUAUUCGGUUUGUGACUUGAGUUCAUGUAGAAAGUCAUUCGAAAUGAAUAAGACAAUAUACAUUCGGUUUGUGAA